AUGGUCCGGUACCUGAACCCUGGCGGUCACAAUUGGGCCAAACCCAACCUUGAUGGAUAUGGUAUUUCCUUCAUCGUUGUGGCAGUGACCUACACACUGUUGUUCCUGGCCGGUUGUGUCUUCGUAUGGCUACACCGCCAUCUCCCUGUCAUUCGGAUGCGCAAGAUCAAUCUUGCACUAGCAUCCAUUCUCGUUCUUCAUGUAUAUCAAUUCAUGGUAUUCAUGGUCUAUCCGCUCAACGGCGCUUUUCCAUGCGGAGUCGAGUUCUGGAUCAUGUCCGUCUAUCUUCCCAUUGGCAUCGGACUCUUUCAAGCGCAGAACCAACAGCUUCUGAUCGUCAGCCAGGAACAGGACGAGAUGAAGCACCUCUCUGCGCCCUACAAGCCUCUGCAUGGAAAUCUUGGGAAGGCCAAUGGCGUUGGAACGCCGUCAUAUUGGCUCUUCCGCUUCAAGCUGUGGUGGAGUGGCGCGACAAUGCAAGGGAAAUAUGAAGCUUUCAUCCUCGCGGGCAUCGUUGUCCAGCUACGGCAUCGUUGGCGAGGCACAAUCGCCAGGUCUAUGUCGUCGAGGAUGGGAAUGAUUGCCAGGCACACCCCUCUGGCUCGCCGGAGUCUAUACCGAUUCCUUCGCUCCCGUAAACAAAUACUGGGCGCCCGCUAUGUGGUAUGUAUAGGGAUACUCUGGAGAGAGCAUGCUAAGAUCUCUGUCAGGUUUGUGCCAGGCUUGGUCACCAUGGAACUCAUCACAUUGGUCUUUCCUAUUCAUCAGAUACUGAAACACUACCGAGAAACUGCCAACGCAAAACAACGAGAACUAGAUCUCGCGGAAUUCGACGCAAAGCGCCUCCUAAAAGGCGAUGCCACGUCGAUGACCACUGGCUCAACUGGCUCAAAGGGAAAGAUGUCCACGAUGGACUCCCUUGACCAAUGCCUCAAGAAAGGGGCCGUCGAACUUCAGGCCUAUGCCUCCAAGGUGGAAUUCAACGGGGAAAACAUCCUCUUCCUCAACCGAGUGAUGCAUUUUCUGGGAGAGUGGAAGUUUGUCUUCUCAUCUGGGGGCAUCGAUGCAAUUGCAGCUCGAAGAUUGAUGUUCAAAGCAGCUCUCAAUAUCUAUCUUGGCUCGGUACAGGAGAAGGUUUCACCAUAUCCCAUUAACAUCGAAAGCUUGUUAUACAAGCGGCUGGAAACCACGUUCGGGGAAGCGGUGGACCUACUUCGUGGCCACAACGGGCGAACAGCUUCCUUGACUAGCUCCCAUGCUACUCCCUGGGACGAGCUUGACGAGACAACCGCCAUGAAAGGCGCAGAGAGUUAUCAAAUGAAGGCGACGACACGCAAAUCGAGCGACAACGAAAGCAGGGAGGCUAUUGUGACAACUAGACAACUACAUGACUUGGACGACCCACUUGCGGAUUAUAUGGUCCCUGCUGAAUUCAAUUCCCAUGUCUUUGACGCAGCUUUCAAGAGUGUCAAGUUCAUGACUUACGAUACCCCAGCUCUUGAUAUAGCUAUCGACUCUUGA